AUGCCGAAAGCAAAGACAGCUCGAUCGAAGAGGGCGCGGCCGACGCCGUAUUCAAAACCUCUUGCGACAGCAUCGUCGUCAAUCCUCAAGGUUAGCCCAAAUGGUCAAAAGCCCUUUCCAUUCCUCGAUCUCCCACUCGAACUCAGAUUGAGCAUCUAUGCCUAUUUUCUCCACAUGACAACAUUUUAUCUCCCUUGCCUUCGCCUACCGCUGACAUCCGUACCACAUUGCCCUACACGAUCUCAGGCCGAGGUCGACGCAAUACAAGAUUCAGCCAGGGACGACGAAUCAAUAUCCAAAACUCGAAAGUCUUUGAAUUUGGUCUGUCUCCAGAUUACCGCCGAAUGGUCACCUUUAUUCUACGAAACAACCAACUCCAUUGUCCAUGCAUCCAAGAGAAAAUUAGGCUUUCGGCCGAAGCACAUGGUUUUUGAUCCAUACUGCAAUCCAUGGAACUUUGCCAACGACUUUCUUCGAGUAUUACACCCUUCAAAAUUGGUUAUGAUCAAGCGCAUUGCCUAUGACAUACGGCCAGGAAACCUUGACUCUUUCGAAGACUUCCCAAAACUCCUCACGAAGCAUAUAGAUCGAAUAUCGGCCCUUGAGCAGAUUACUCUCCACAGUUACACAUAUGGGUUGGUCGAUCAUGGCUUCCUCAGAUUUGGAUAUUUCCCCAUGGACGUAUGGCGGACAUCCCCAUGGCGGCACAGAUGGGAACACAUCGAACAACGCUUUCUCGGAAUUGGUAGGAAGAACCACACCGUUCACGCCAAAAAGAAUGGAGCAGGAGUAUUACAAGGCUGGAACGCGACCAGGAAGUUGACAGUCCACCUCGCAUCUCCUCGUGACAGGUACCUCACAGUUCGGGGAGUAGAUGUUGUUUUUAAGAAAGCUGGAGCAGCCACCACAGAAACUGAACUACCGACUAUCAUGCUGCUCUGGAAAGGCUUAGCAUGGGAAUGA